UUCCAUGACAAUUUUGGGAUGAUAUCAUAACAUCUCCAACAUUGCAUCUUGAAGUGUUCUGUAGUGCUUUAACACAAUACAAACAAUGUGGAAGAUAAUUGCCAGUUUAGCCGUUUUGGCGUUGGUGCGAAGUAGCCCAGUGGAAUAUGGAGUCGGUGAAAAUAUUGUUGGUGCAGUAUCGGAAUGUAUCGACAAUGAUACAUCGUUGUGCUUAAAGGAAAAGGCCCUGAAACUGACCGAAAAACUAGCUAUCACUAAAGAUGUAAACCUUCUCGAAGGCCUGACCCUGGUCAAUACUGGAUCGGUGCGAUCAGCAAGGAGCUACGAGCAAUUGUCUGGUGAUCCCAAAGAAAGGGAAUCCCAGAUAGAAGAGAGGAUCGUCAACAAUGUUGGAGAUUUCUUGGACAAUCACGUACUGCAGUUGCGUUUGUCAGAUGGCUCUGAAGAAUCCAGGGGAUUGGAUGAAGAAGGCCGUGGCAAGAAGAAGAACAAGAAGAAGCUCAAACAGCUCCUCCCCAUUCUCCUCCUCCUGAAACUGAAAAUGGCCGCUCUCAUCCCACUCUUCCUUGGUAUCAUCGCAUUCGUAGCCGUCAAGGCAGUGUUCCUGGGCAAAAUCGCAUUCGCUGUGAACGCCAUUUCCCUAAUCCGUAGACUUCUAUCUAAAAACAACCACUCAUCUGGUGGCGCACUUUCCUUCGCCCCAGCUCAUACAGAGGAACACCCUGGAUACUCCUAUGAACCAGCUCAGGGCUGGAGCAGGAAGGUCAACGACGCCCAGAGCUUGGCCUACGCUGGACAACUUACGAAUUAAAUGAAUAGUUAUGUGUGAA